AUGAGCACGUUUGCUAGAGGCCAUGCUGCUCUCCUAUGCCUGCUCUCUGCCUUUAGCUUGAUACUGAACGAUGAUCUUGUUGUACAAGACACGACAGCUAUCGGCCACAUGGCUCCCGCCAACGUCGGAGACUUAAAACCCGAUUACUGGAGGCGGAUCUGCUACAUGGGGCGCUGGCUCACGUUCCUCGCUGCCAACCUUGGCUAUCAAUCACCCAUUGACCCUCUCCUCGACCCCACAAGAACGCGCACAAUUUAUCUGCUGCCAGCACCCCUUCAAACUACCCCCAUUGAGCACGACUUUGAUGCUACCAUGUCCGUCACCGAGACACGGUCCUGGAUGUGCUUUGGUGUGCCCGCCAACAGCAUGCACAUAGCCAUCAUUGCUAACAACGGCGAUAUACCGAGGAUGUUCCCAUCCCCUGUCCUGCAAACACAACAUCCCUCAUUCAACACAUUGAAUCACUGUCAAGAUCUCGUGCUUGUCGUGCAUACAUUACCGCUGUGGGUUUUCGUGGAAAACGCAGUGGCGGAUGCCGCCACACCUCGUUGA